UCUCUCUGUAUAAAAUUAUUAUCACACUGCUAAUCUCUUUCUCAUCACUCACUAACACAAGAACCUGAGGAGAAGAAGAAGAAGAUCUUGAAGACGAGUACUAUUUGUAGCCAUUAAUAAAAAAAAGCUAGGAUCUUACUUUUCACAGGAGAGGCUAGGUAUAUAGACUUUCUUCUCAUCUGCAUCCUGCUACCUAUGUCUGUCUGUGCACAACUGAAAAAAGCUGAUAUUGUUGCGGAAGGUCUUCUCACUUUUCUGGUUGGUGGUACUACCCAGAAUUGACUUUAAAGGAAAUAUCAGUAGUUUUUGGGAUAGGAGAGUUAUUUACAGUUUUUUUCUUUGUUCAGUCCUUUUUCAUGGGAAGAACUAAAAAUACAUACCCAGCUGAACAGUCAAUAUCUAUCCAGAUUCAUCAGUUACAGAAUUCUCUUUUUUUACCCAUAAAUAAAAUCCCAUCUCUCUAAUGGAUCACUUCCCAAUGAACCAUAUUUAGUCUAGUCUCUUUCUCUUUCUGCACUGUUCUGAUUCUCUUUCUCCAUCUCUAUCUCUCUCAAGGAUGCAAUUCACAGAAACCCCACCACCUCCUUUACAUCAAAAUUCUAUUACUCCAUGUUCAAAUUUCAUUAUGAACAACAACAACCAGUUUCAUAGAACUCGACCAUGGCCUGGUUUUUCUACACCAACUAAUAAGGCGUUAGGAAGUGUUAAAGAUGCUAAUUGCAUGGAACAACUACUUGUUCACUGUGCCAAUGCUAUCGAAAGCAACGACGCCACUCUCGCGCAACAGAUCCUAUGGGUUUUAAACAACACAGCACCACCGGACGGCGACUCCAACCAGCGGCUUACUUGUGGCUUUCUUCGAGCUCUUAUUUCUCGUGCUGCCAUGACUGGGAAUUGCAAAAUGCUUACAGCUGCUAUGGCAAGUACACACCCAAACCAUGCUAUCCAUACUCAUAAGUUUUCAGUCAUUGAGCUUGCCAGCUUCAUCGACUUAACACCUUGGCACCGCUUCGGCUUUGUUGCUGCUAACGCCGCUAUACUUGAAGCCAUUGAAGGAUUCUCCGUCGUCCAUAUAGUCGAUCUUAGCUUAACCCAUUGCAUGCAGAUCCCGACACUGAUAGAUGCAAUAGCAAAUCGCCCGGAAGGUCCUCCUUUUAUCAAGCUGACCGUCAGUAGUUGCGAUGCUGAUAUCCCCCCUAUGCUCGACAUUUCUUACGAAGACUUGGGAGCUAAAUUAGUGAAUUUUGCGAGGUCUCGGAAUGUAGGAAUGGAGUUUAAAGUUAUUCCUUCAAGUUAUGCAGAUGGGUUUGCAUCACUGAUUGAACACCUUAGAGUACAACAGCUAGUUUUCACUGAUCGUAAUGAACCAGAAGCUCUUGUUAUAAAUAGCCACAUGAAGCUUCACUACACACCGGACGAAACCCUUGGAGAAAUCCAUCAUCAUAGUCCAUAUUACUCCAUGGAACCAUCUUUUUCUUCAACUACAUCUCUUAGAAGUGCAUUUCUUAAAGCUCUUAGAAGUUUAAACCCUACUAUUGUUGUUUUAGUAGAUGAAGAUGCAGAUUUCACUUCAACUAACUUAGUCAGUCGAUUAAGAUCAGCAUUUAACUUCUUAUGGAUACCUUACGAUGCGGUAGACACAUGCAUCCGCCGAGGCAGCAAGCAAAUGGAAUGGUAUGAAGCUGAUUUAUGCUGGAAGAUUGAGAAUGUGAUAGCACAAGAAGACGUACAAAGAGUUGAGAGAUUAGAGUCUAAAAGUAAGUGGGUACAAAGAAUGAGAAAUGCAAAUUUUAGAGGCAUUUCGUUUAGCGAAGAAGCGGUAACGGAGAUAAGACAUAUGCUUGAUGAACAUGCAGCUGGUUGGGGAUUGAAGAAGGAAGAUGAAGAAGAUCAUCUUGUUCUUACUUGGAAAGGACAUAAUGUUGUUUUUGCUACUGCUUGGGUACCUUCUUAUUAACUUUAAAUUUCUUCAUUUUAAUGUGUUUUAAUUCACUUGAUCAAUUGUCUGGAUUGAUAGGGGGAAAAGGGAAUAUCAGAAAGAAAGUACAUGCUCUUUCUCAUCAUGCUUAAUUUGUUGUGUGUAUCUCUCUAUCUAUCUGGUCUUCAUGGUUGGAGCUGCUUUGAACUAGUCUCUUUAUGACUCUGUCUCUUUUUAGCAUUAAAUUUUAGAAUCAGAUGACUAGAGUGUGUCUACUA